AUUGAGCUAUUAUUGACUUUUGAUCAUUCUUUCGUGGCGAGGAAGAAAUCAAAAAAAAAAAAAAAAAAAAAAUCUCCACCCAUAAAUUACAAAGAGAAUCUGGCAGAGAAGCCAUGGAGAAAAUGGAAGAAACAGCCUGCAAAUCAGAAUCCCCAGAAAUCUCUCUGAGGCCAAUGGAGCUCUCGGACCUGGAUGAUUUCAUGGAGUGGGCAACAGACGACAGGGUGAGCCGUUUCUGUACGUGGGACACCUACACUCGUAGAGACCGAGCAGUGGACUACAUAAAGAACACUGCAAUCCCACACCCAUGGCUGAGAGCGAUUUGCCUUGAAAACAGGGCAAUUGGGGCAAUCACUGUGGCCCCAAGGUCUGGGAGCGACAGUUGCAGAGGUGAGCUUGGGUAUGUGUUGAGUCACAAGUACUGGGGCAAAGGGAUUGCAACAAGGGCAGUGAAGAUGGUGGCCUCUGCAAUCUUCUCAGAGUGGCCUCACAUGGAGAGGCUUGAGGCUUUUGUAGAUGUGGGUAACAAAGGCUCCCAGAGGGUGUUGGAGAAAUCUGGGUUUUUGAGAGAAGGGGUUUUGAGGAAGCACCAUAUCCUUAAAGGGAGAUCUAGAGAUUUUGUGAUUUACAGCCUCCUCUCCUCAGAUUCCCCUUCUCUAGGCUAGUAUAUGAAUCACUGAUUCAUGUUAUUGGGUCCAGAGAGAAUCUCUUCUUGUGCACCAUACUCUGAUCUACUUUAUAGUUACCAUU